CCUUUCUCGCCGCUCUCCCCCACCACCAAGCCUUACCAGAUUCCCCCCAUGUUUGCUGUUCUUCAGCCCAUACUAGUCCCUUUCUCGCCUCUGUCCCCCACCACCAACACAUCUAGUCCACCAUGCGCCUUCCACCACCCUAGCCAUCCCAAAACAAACACCAACCCCCUUCCUUAUCGUCCUACACACUCCAACUGACCACCCUCCGGCCAACAGCACCUCUGCCUCCUCCAUUAGUACUCCAUGUUCUUAAUCAGACAGAGUUCAAAUCCCCAGUAAAAGAUAGAAAUUGGAAGGGAAAAUGUCCAGAUCUUGUGUUGAUGAAGGAAUAGAGAAAGAAAAUGAAAGGAUGAAAUUGCAGGUUUCAAUGGGAGCAAUUGCAAGUUUUGUCUGCACUAAUGGUAGCCUCUGUAUUGGUUUCUUUUUCACAAAUUUCCCAGAUGAAUGGUCUUUUGAACAGAUGUGGAGAACUUUCAACAGAUUGGGAGAGGGCAGGGUUAUUGAAAUUGAAUGUCCCAAGAAGAGAGACCGUGUAAGGAGAAGAUUCAGUUUCGUCAGGUUCUUGGAGUCAGGGUAUCAGAACCACCAACAAAGAAAUAUGGGAAACAGGAUGCCAAAUGUGGCCACGUCAAAUGCAGGAGUUAAAAGGAAUCUGACUUAUGCAGAGAUAGUCAAAGGAAAGAAUGCAGAUUAUCAAAGCACGGGACUAAUAGAGGGACAAUACCAUGGUGCAAACAUCAGAGAGCAAAGCAAAAGGCUCAGAGUGAGUGAUCAAACGAAGUGGAGAUGGAAGCCAAAACAACAACCUCAAGCAUGGUCAGGAAUGGAGUUUAAUGUGAAGAAGAAUGAGUAUGAGUGGCUGGAGAAAUGCUUCGUAGGAACAGCUCGCUCGGUAACUUUGAUUCCAACUUUGCAAGAAAAAUUCUUCAUGGAAAGAGUUUUCUUCUGCAGAAUCAGAGCAAUGGGUGGUAGGUUGGUCUUGUUGGAAGGACAUGAUUAUGAAGAUUUGAAAGAACUUAUUGAAACUGGUCAAGAUUGGCUAGGACAAUGGUUUGAGGAAAUCAAACCAUGGAAACUGACGAUAGUGGCAGCGGAAAGGUUUGCAUGGAUUAGGUGUGCGGGUCUACCUUUACAUGCAUGGAAAUCGGAAUAUUUCCAAUCUUUUGGAAAUCUUUGGGGCACCUUUGUUUCGCUGGAUGACAGUACCAGUGGGAAAAAACAUCUUAAUGCCGCCAGAUUUCUAAUAUCAACACCUAUGAUGGAGUUCAUCUCAAAGUCCCUAACCAUAAAGAUAAAUGGGGUCCUGUACAAGGUAAAAUUUUCAGAGGAAGAGUCCAGCAAUGGUCUAUACAUAAUGAAUUCAAAUUUCAAGAUAAAUGGGGGUACUAUGUAUGGAGAUAAAUGGUCAGCAGAAGCUUCUGAUGAGAAUAUAGAUCAGUCUUCGUGUGAUUUAGAAUCCAAGCAAACUCAGUGUGAUGAAGAAGAUGAUGACAUGGCAAUAGAACUACGGGUUCCGGAGACAGAACUAGAAGAUGAGGCAAGAGGAGUAGACACGUUGGCACACUUGUCAGUUGACAGCUCAGCAAAAAGGUCGGCAAACGAUAUUACAAUGGAUGGGUUGGAAGGUUCAACAAGAAAACAUUUAAUGAUUGUUGGGCUCGAGGAAGAUAGGAACGGAAUGGGAGCAGAGAUGGAUGUCAGCGAGGAAAACAUUGGGAACAGGGGGUUUUUCAAAAAGGGAGGAGAGGAGGAGGCUUCACAAGUAAACAGCUUAGAGUAUGCAACGGACAAGACUUCAGCCGCUGUUGAAGAGAUGCAGAGGAAAGAGGGAGAAGCAAUUGAGCUGAUUGGGUCGGCAAAGAAAAAGAAUUCUGAGAAUGGGAGAAAUGGGCCUAAGGAUGAUGGGCCAAACAAUGAAGAAUUAAACUCAAUAUCUUUGGGUAAUCUUAAUGGGCCAAACAUUAAAGAACCAAACCCAACAUCUUUGAGUAAGCCUACCAAAAUGGUCAAAAAGGCAACUACUCACGUGAGGACUGAAAAGGAAGACAACUUCUGGAAAGAUAUGGCCGACGAUUCAGGGGAGAUGCCGAACUGGACGAAAAAGGGGGAGGAAAAAAAAGAAGAAACAGCAGAAACGAAGAGUGAAAACUUGCAGAUUUGUCUACAUGCAGUUAGGCGGCCUUAAGGGUUUUCGCUACAAAAAAAAAAAAGAAAAGAAAGGAAAGAGGGUGGUGACAGAAAAUAUGGCACAUGAGGUCACUUUCGAAACAAAUUCAGCAGAUUUGGUGGCAGAUGAGUCCAUAAAUGACAGCAACAUUC